GAUGAAUAAAAAUCAAUGGAUGAGAAGAGAGGGGAAGAAGAGAGCAGCGAGAAGUGGAGGAUGGCAAACUUCGUGGCAUUUACCGACGAGAUUCCGACGAUGAGUAGUUCCGGUCUGAUGAGCUUUCCUCAACCUCCUGCUUUCUCAAGUAUCUCCGACAUGAUGAUGGUGCCUCUAUCAGAGAACGAUUACAAGCCCAGUUACUCCUCUGCCUUCAUGGACUUGCUCAAUCUCCAAGAUUACAGUCCUUCUCUGUUCGAUUGCCUCCCUUACUCCGCCACUGACCACCACACUCUUUCGUCGCCGGCAAGCUCCAACGUCCCCGAAUCUUCCGAGGUCUUGAACACCACUCCGGCCUCCCCCAAUUCUUCCUCUAUCUCAUCUUCCUCCAAUGAAACUCCCCUCGCCGAUCAUACGGCCAUCGACCAGCCCCACACUAGUAGUGCUAAACAAGAACCUGACGAUGAAGAACCCGGAGAUGCAGCCAAAGGAGACGACCUCGAUCAACAAAAGACCAAGAAACAGCUGAAGCCAAAAAAGAAGAACCAAAAGAAGCAAAGAGAGCCCAGAUUUGCGUUCAUGACAAAGAGCGAAGUCGAUCAACUUGACGAUGGCUAUAGGUGGCGCAAGUAUGGCCAAAAGGCCGUCAAAAACAGCCCCUAUCCCAGGAGCUACUAUCGUUGCACCACCCCAGGUUGCGGCGUGAAGAAGCGGGUGGAGCGGUCGUCCGACGACCCGUCGAUCGUGGUGACGACGUACGAGGGCCAGCACACGCACCCGAGUCCGGUGAUGAGCCGGGCAAGCCUGGGGUUCGGACCCACGAGGGCUAGUGGUGGUGUGCUUGGUUCGCCAACACAGUUUGUGGUGCCACGGGCACAGCAUCAGCAUCAGCAUCAUCAUCAGGAACAAGAGCAUGUGCAGGCACAAGAGGAUGCUUUGUUGUAUAAUAGCUCACCCCCACUACUUCCUUUGAGUAGUAUCAGCGAUCCCACGACGUCAUCUUCUAGCUUCCAUCAUCAUCGUCUUCUAGGUUUUGGACCAUCGUCGACCACGACAAUGGCUUCUCAAGCCAAUUUGUUAAGGGACAAUGGGCUGCUUCAGGACAUUGUUGUGUCAAUGCAGAUGAGAAAGGAGGAGAAAGAAGGGAAAGAAGAAUAGGUGAUGCAUGGAAGAUUGAACUAUAUACAUACAUAUGGGGUUUCCUAUAUAUAUGUAACGUUAAUUUUUUUUUAUGGGUCUGUGUAUGAUUUGUGAUGUAUAUUGAUGGAUCUGACUGAUCGAUGACACUUCUUGCGGGGGAACUCUAGAGUUUAGAGUUUACUAUUAUUGUAGCAUAUGGGCAAUGAACCUUUUGGAUCGAGGUUCAUGGUAACGUGACUAGUAGUUGUUGUAGCUAGCUAUAGCCUUAUCGGAGGAUCAGGCUUCCAUUUUUUAAUUUUUUAAUUUCUUCCAUCCUCCUUUACGGGAUUAACGUCUUGAUGAUUAUUCUUCGAAACUAGCUACAAUAUAUUAAUUGCAGGCACUUUUGUAUGAAACCAUUCCUUGCUUCUGUGGAUAAUAUCUUCUACUUU